AUGCUAGGUCUUCCAGCACUACUCCUCCUUGCCUCCUCCUGCGGGGCCUCCACAUACACGUAUCACAACAACUUCGGUGUGGAAUGUAACAAACACAGGGAUAGCUGCGCCCAGAAUAGGUGUGUCUUUAUGGGGUGGGAAGAGCUGUGCACCCAGUGCGUUUCUGGCUACGUCCCGAUAAAUGGAAAGUGUCAGCUGCUGGAUGAUUCUUCUACAUGCGUUCCAGAUGACACCUCGUCGCCGACUCGGUGUGUCGAGUGCAAAUCAGAGCAAAACGUGUUUCUAUUCUACGGUGGCUGCUAUACAAUAGAUCAAUCUACUAUCGGGAGCGAGAUCUGUCGUCAAGCAACAAGCAGCAGGUGCACUGAGUGCAACGUGAGCACCACUGAAAAGUAUGUCUUUACCAACCCAGACACAAGUGCAGCUGAAAGGUGUAUCUUGUGCUCCGAUACAGUCGGAUUUGGAGGGUACAGGGGCGCUUCCGAUUGCCUGUACUGCAUCCAACCGAUUAAAGGCGAGAUAGGUACAGCGUUGUGCACUAAAUGCAGUUAUACUAAACAGAAUAACGGGAUCGGUCCAGUUGACUAUCAGUGUCAAGCCAAAGGGCUUCACAACUGCGUCAAUGGUUACUGCACGUCAUGCUACAAGACACAUUUGUUCUAUGAAUAUGGAUGCUACAGCCGACACAGUUCGACUGGAUUUGCCAUAUGCGCAGAGGCGAACCAGUACGAGCUAGACAACGUGACGAUCUGCACGGAGUGCGUGAACACGUCGCAUGCACCCAAGAAUGGGGGGUGCACUCUCGUCGGGGAAAGCGCCUCCAGAAGCCUGUUUUCUGACUGCACGAAAGAUGCAAGUAGAGGGUUGUGCACAGACUGCUCCAGCACUGGGAAGUCUUUCUUGUUCUAUGGUGGUUGCUAUAACAGAGACUCCCACGUUGGUUCAAAGCUCUGUCUGGAAGCAGCGGGUGGAGUGUGUAAGCAAUGGCGUAGCAAUUUUAACUUCACCUUCUCUAAAGCUGAGGGGGGCGACCGAUACCUGUGCGGUGAUACCAGCAGUGGUGUGCGUGGCUGCGCUACAUGCGGGUACAAUAACGGUGUGACGUGUACGCGGUGCUCGACGGGAUACCUAGGAGUGGAUGGGAGAUCCUGCAGUGAAGGCUGCAGCGGAGACACUCAGGGAGUGUGCACGAAGGUAGCAGAGGGGAGCGAGUCAACUGAAGUGUCGUGUCGAUGCGUCUGUAAGCCGACGUUCUACAACAGCUCCGGAACGUGUACACCAUGCACGGACUCAUGUGCUGUCUGCAAGGAUGGCACACCAACCGGCUGCCAGCAGUGCAGCCCCGGCAAGAUCCUGGAGUCGUUAGUCGUUGCAGACGAUAAUGCAAAGUGUGUAGAUGAGUGCGCUGUUGGUGACGACUGUGCAGAGUGCGGCAUCACCAUCGAUGGCAGCAGGUACUGCACGCGCUGCAAGGACUCGAAUAUGUACCCUCUCAACGGGGUGUGUAUUCCGAACACACAAAAAGACGCGUACUGUACCAGCACGGCAAAUGGUACUUGUACUACAUGCUCAGGAGCGGCCUUCCUGAUGAACGGGGGCUGCUACACAAAGGCACACUAUCCGGGAAGCACUAUCUGUGACAAGCAGUCAGGCGGGAAGUGCACAACGACCAAGGAGGGGUACGGGAUAUCGCCCGAUGGAAAGCUACUGGAGUGCGAUCCGACAUGUCUGGCGUGCACUGCCCCUGGCCCCGGCCGCUGCACCAGGUGCCCCUCUGACAAGCUCCUGAAGAAGGCCUCAGGUGCCGCCACCGGGGGCUGCGUCGACCCCGGUGCCUGUGUGGACGGGUACUACGCAUACGGAGACGCGUGCCUGCCCUGCGCCACUCCGGGGUGCAAGACCUGCGGGCAUGCCUCCUUCUGCACAGAGUGCGCGGGGGAGCUCUUCGUGAGCCUGGACGGGCAGUCGUGCUUGGAGGAGUGCACCGGGGACAAGGUGGUGGGAGAGGUGUCCGGCGGCGUGCGGAGGUGCUGGUGCGAGCGGGGCUUCCUGCCGGCGCUGGACAGGUCCGGGUGUGUGCUCCCAACCGAGUGUCCCUCUGGCAUGCCGUCGUGUGCUGCCUGCGAUGAGUCGGGCAGGUGCCUCUUGUGUGCCACCUCGGGCCACAACGUUCAAGUAGACCAGCGGACGUGUGCAGAAGGGUGCGGUGCCAGGGCCUCAUCGAACCAGGGGGUGUGCAUGUGCGAGCUCGACGCGGUCCUCACGAAGGGCAUCUGCGCUCCGGUCAAGACGCUCACCAAAAAGAAAUUGGUGGCAAUUGCUGCAGGCACAACGAUGGCCGUGCUUGUCGUCGGUGUCUUGGUCGGUUUCCUUUGCUGGUGGUUCAUUUUUAGGGGCAGACGCAUCGAUGCGUCCCCCAGUACUAUGACGCUCAUUUCCUCCAAGUCGAUGUAG